AUGCAAGAAUAUAUACAGGAUGCUCUGACUUUCGUGCGCGAAUAUGGACGACCAUGUUUAUUUAUCACGUUCACAUGUAAUCCAAAAUGGCCAGAGAUUACAUCUUUGCUACUACCUGGCCAAAAUGCAAUACAUCGCCAUGACAUUACAGCACGUGUGUUCAGACAAAAGUUGAAGUCUUUAAUAAGUUUCAUUACUAAAUCACAUGUAUUUGGUCCCACACGUUGCUGGAUGUAUUCGGUUGAGUGGCAAAAGCGAGGAUUACCUCAUGCACACAUUUUGGUUUGGUUCAUCUACAAAAUUCGUCCUGAAGAAAUCGAUAGUAUCAUUUCUGCGGAAAUUCCAGAUCCAUCCACUGACCAACUGCUGUUUGAUAUUGUUACAACAAACAUGAUUCAUGGUCCAUGUGGUACUCUUAAUAGUUCAUCGCCUUGCAUGGCUGAUGGAAAAUGUACUAAAAAUUUCCCUAAAGAUUUUACCAAUGAUACGGUCACAAAUAACGACGGAUACCCAAUAUAUCGUCGAAGAAAUCCUGAAAAUGGCGGACAGUCAUUUAUUAAAAAUAUCAUCAACACAGACAUUGAUAUUGACAAUCGUUGGGUGGUGCCAUAUUCGCCUCUGCUGAGCAAGACAUAUAAUGCUCAUAUUAAUGUUGAGUUCUGCAGUUCUGUGAAGAGCAUCAAAUACAUUUGCAAGUAUGUCCAUAAAGGCAGUGAUAUGGCUGUGUUUAGAGUGGAAAAUACUAAUGUGAAUGCUCCUCCAGUGAAUAAAAACGACGAAAUAACGCUCUACCAAAUUGGUCGGUACAUCAGCUCCAAUGAAGCUGCUUGGCGUAUCUUUGGUUUUCCAAUUCAUGAACGGGAUCCAGCAGUUGUUCAGUUAGCCAUCCAUCUUGAAAACGGUCAGCGUGUAUUUUUCACGAACGAGACAGCGAUUGAUCGUGCAAUAAAUCCACCUAAAACUACACUCACUGCAUUUUUUGAAUUGUGUAAUCGUGCGGAUGAUUUUGUUGCCUUUGCACGAACAUUACUCUAUUCACAAGUACCACGAUAUUUCACAUGGACUCAAACAAAAACAUGGAUGCCCCGCAAUCAAUCCAAGACACACGGAGUGCUUUUAUCUUCGACUGUUGUUGGUUAA